UGAUGAUGGCGGCGAUGAUGGCGGCGCCCGUGGCCGCGCUCCGGGCCUGGGCAGAGGCGGCGGCGCGGGCGGAGGCGGCGGCUCGGGCGGCUCUGGCAGCCGCGGCCCCGCUGCUGGGCGCGCUGGCCGCGCUGGCGGCGCAGAUGCGGGCGGCGCGGCGGCUGCCGUGGGACGCGACGCCGCUCGGCGCCUUCCCGGAGCUGCGGGCGCGGCUGUGGCAGAAGCAGCGCGGCGCGGCCGAGGCGCUGCUGGAGCAGCUGGGCGAGCGGCGGGAGGAGCUGCGGGCCGUGCGGGACGCCGUGGGGGCCGCCGGCAGCGCUGUGCUGCGGCUCUUGGAGGAACCGGGCCCGGCCGAGCUGGGGCUGGCCCUGCUUCUGCGGCGUGGGCCGCGCUGCCCCUCGCUGGCCGACGUGCUGGAGGGGCUGCAGGACGUGGAACGCUACUACCGGCACCUGUACUUGGAGAGCAAACUGCUCCUGCAGCGCCUCAGCCUGGACAGCCUGGCAGACGUGGAAGCCCUGCCGCAGUCCUGGGAGAGGAUUUUGGAGCGUUACAAGGAAGAUGAUGUUGUUCAAGAUACACUCCUGAAGGUCUCACUGUUUGUGGAGAACCAUCAUGAGGUGAGCUGCUCGCCUGGCUCCUGACAGGGCAGCAGGGACUGGCACUGACCAGCCUCUGGCACAUUCUGUCAUGCUGCAGAGGGGAUGAGGAAGCUGAAUGGAAGCUGAACGAGUUAGCAUCAGCAUGAAAUGCUUGAACUGUACCAUUUUCAAGUGGAAAUGGCCUUGGUCUGUGAAGAAGAGGCUGAGCCCAAAAAGCUGUGAGGAUAGAAGGGAGUCACCUCCAGCUGUGGAACUUGUCCUUUCCCUCUUUUCCUAGCCUGUUUUGUGUCAUGGUAAAAAUGUUGAUUCUUGUUUACAUGAGGUGCUGCAGAUGUGUGAGUGUAAUAGAGUCCUUCAGGCUGGUGCCAUGAAAUAUAUUUGGGCUCUCUCCUUGCAAAUAAAGAAAACAUGUCAGAUCAGGGUUUACAAACAGUGCUCACCUCACAGUGUGUUUGCAAUCAUCCCAGCUGGGCAUGGAGGAGGAAGGAAGCAAAUCUGGCUUGAAGAUGUCAUUAUGGAGGGGCACAGAUGCCCAAGUUCUGACACAAACACGGGCAGCUUUCAAGGGUGAGCAGUACACUGCUCUGUUUCCACUGAAAUCAGUCUUAAAAUUUCACUCUCUGGCAGCCACUGCUGACAGUUCAGGGACACCUUUUGUUGGCCUUGGCACUGAUCCUCUGAACAUUCCCAGGAAGCAGUGGGUGUUUGUCUCUCAGCUCUGUGUUUGUGAAGGAGCUGCAGCUUCUCAGAGAAAGCCAAUAAAGAAUUGUAUGGGACA